AUGCUGCUUCCAGCUCCGCUCUCGCAUUACGUCCGCUCCAUCCAGUCGUUGUAUCGUAAAUGGUCAUCCCACGCCCAAUCACGACACAAUGACAGUCAACGGCCUCUCGCCCACCAGCUGACCGAUGUUUUCCUCCGUACAUGGGACCUCGGCUUCACCGCGUUCGGAGGCCCUCCCGUACAUUUCCAAAUUUUGCAUAGCAGAUUCGUCGAGGGAAAGGGUGGGAAAGAGCAGUGGGUGGAUGAGCAGACCUAUCAAGAACUGUUCGCUAUCUGUCAAGGUCUUCCUGGCCCGGGCAGUACGAAGAUGUUGUUCUGCCUUACCUUACUCCAUGCGGGAGUUUUACCGGCCCUGAUGGUGUUCCUUAUCUGGAGUCUGCCCGGCGCAAUAGGAAUGUAUGCCCUUUCAGCCGGCGUUGGAAAUCUAAGCCGUACUCUUCCGGAGCCCGUCUACGCCUUGCUGUCUGGACUCAAUGCUGCGACCGUCGGUAUUGUCGCGGUCUCUGCGGUACAACUCGCGGAAAAGGCUAUUCGUGACAAAAUAUCUCGCAUUUUGAUCAUCUUUGGUGCCUGCGCUGGUCUCUGCUAUAACACCCUAUGGUAUUUUCCGGUGCUGAUGCUCGGCGGCGGCUUAGUCAUAGCUGCUUGGGAUGGAUGGCUACAUGCUCAAGUCCAAAAGGCAAAGACUUCUUGGCGGAACAGGCACAGCCGCCCCAUGGACUCGGAGGUAGCAGAUACAGCCCACGUGGAGAUGGAGUCUAUUCAGCCUGGAGAGGCAGAGAGACAUGAGACGAUACGCUCGAGGAAGAACCAUAAUUCGGGUGUCGCCCAGAAUAGUUUCCCUGUUAACGUUAAUACAGCAGGACAGUCAAGCUCGGCACAGUCAGCUGAGGCUGAAGUGGCCCAGUCACCGAACUAUGUGAUUCGAAUUCGCACUGGAUUUGUCAUAGUGACGGUUUUCUUUGCCUCCUUUAUCGCACUCCUCGUCACAAAAGGCCAACUGGCUACUCCUCCUUUGGCGCUGGAUCUCUUCACAAGCAUGUAUCUCGCCGGAACGGUAAUAUUCGGUGGAGGGCCCGUCGUGAUCCCACUUUUGCGCUCCUAUGUCGUCGCCCCAGGUUGGGUCUCUGGCCGAGACUUCCUCAUCGGACUAGCCAUCAUUCAAGCCUUCCCAGGACCGAAUUUCAAUUUUGCUGUCUUCCUCGGCGCCAUGGCCCUGCAAUCCACGCAGUAUUCCACGGUCUUGGGCGCAUUCCUUGGCUGGCUGGGAAUCUUCGUGCCGGGUCUCGCUCUGGCCGUUGCGUUUCAGAGCUUUUGGGGGGUGCUGCGGAAAAAGAAGUUUGUCAUUCACGUAUUGAGAGGUGUCAAUGCUACCGCGAUUGGUUUGGUGUUUACGGCUGUCUACCGGCUGUGGGAGAUUGGCUAUUUAACAUCUCAGAAUAGUGCUGGACAGAGUCUUGCUAGUGAGCCAUGGUGGGUGGUUGUCACUACCAUAUCCUAUGCGGGGAAUGCCUGGUUCAAGAUGCCUCCAGCUGUGUCUAUUGUUAUUGGCGCUAUCUUGGGUUUGUGUUGGUACGGAGCUGUGGGCCGAUAA